AAGCCUCGAUACGCACUUCAUAAACGACUUCCUGGAUUUCUCGACACCAGCUCCGAAGCCUCGGCAUCAUCUGCCCAUCACUAUGAAAACAGAUACUCUAGGUCAUACUGCGGAUCACACCUGUAGACUACAGUUGCUUAACUACAGUCUUUCUUCACUUUAUACUUUCACAUACAGUCCUACACUCAGCUCCAUUAAACACACAGUCACGGCUUAAAGACGAUUAUUAUCAGUGUUUCAUUAUUAACGGUCGGUUCUGCUGAAGAUCUCCGCCUUUACCAUCUUCACUCUCCAAAACAUCCGCAACAGAGGAGGAUAAAAAAACGGUCUGUUUGUUCUUCUAGAAAGAGAGAAGAAACUCCAGGAACUUAAGUUUAAGGUCAGUCAUGCAGUCCUGCAGUUCUGCUCUCUUUGUCCUGAUCUUUCUGACCACUACAUUCGCUACUGUGUCUGGAACAGCUUUCACUGAAGUAAAGGUGAAGCUUAAUGACCCAGCGACUCUCCCUUGCUAUGAUAGAUGUUCUGGUUUGGUCACAUGGUCCCAGAACUCUAGUGUUGUUGUGGCUCAGUGUAACCAGACUUCAUGCCUGUCAGUGAAGGAUGGAUUUGAGAUGUUCUAUGAUCAGUACCUGAAGGGGAAUAACUCCCUUUUCAUAUCUGUCAUUGAUCUCAGUAAGAUCAGCGAGUACACAUGUCAGUGCGAUCAUAAGCCCAUCAUUGAUGUGCAUCUUCACAUUGUGUCUGUUCUUUCAGUAAUGGCACAUCUUCACGGGAAUGCUUCUCUGCCCUGCUAUGAAAAAUUCUGUGGUUUGGCUACAUGGUUCAGAAACAGAAAUCCCAGACAUGUUGUGGCUCAGUGUGAUCAGACUUCAUGUCAGUCAGUAAAAGCUGGAUAUCAGAUGAUCUAUGCUCAGUACCUGAAGGGAGAUCUGUCUCUCUACAUCACUGAUGCUGAUUUCAGUAUGAGAGGAUUGUACACAUGUCAGUGUGAUGGGACAGACCUCAGUGAUGUGGAAUUAAUCAUUAAUGCUCUGAAUUCUACAGUUAAGAUAAGAUCCAGUGAAUCACUGGUAUUGGAUCUGGAAAUACCAGAUCCAGUGGAGGUGCUUUAUGAGAGCACAGGUGUAGGUGGUUCUCCCAGUGGUCAGAUCUGUACAGUGGAUGGACGCUCGCCACAGUGUAAUGGUGAUUAUAAAAAAAGAGUAUCAACUGCUCUUGAGCUGAAAGGAGUGAAUCUGUCUGAUAGUGGAGUUUACACCAUCCGGGAUGCCAGAACUAAGGAGGACAUUCAUGUCUACACAGUGACCGUCAGAGAUGACCCGCCCAAUCCAGACAAAACAGCUAACGUGCCUUGGUUGUGAACAGUAGUCCGUGUGGAGGAGGAUGUGAGAUGAGAUGUGUUAGAAGUGGAAUGGACAAUCAGAAUACAGAAGAACAGAACAUCCUGCCUCCUGACCAACAAUAACCUGUAACUCUGAUUCCUCUAUAAAUCUGAUGGUUCUGUAUGUAGUGAAUCACUCCACAGUGAAAACUGAUUCACACACUGGCUAACAAGAACUGUGGGAAACUGAUAACUCAAUUACAACGUAGUACAACAUUGACUGAGCAGCUCACUCACUCACUCACUGCGCUUUGAUAAGACAUAUUGUCAUUGGGUCAUUGACAUGAUUUGCAUUUUUUUGUAUGUAAGUACAUUAUUUUCCCCCAAAAAUGUAAUAAAUACAUAACAUAUAUAUCAAG